CUUAACUCGAUAUGAGUUAAGUCAUGUUAUGGAAAUGAAUAGAUUAACCAUUUCACUAAUAUCUACAUCGAAAGAAAGAUAACUCCUCAAUAUGAGGUUCUCGUAACUUUUCGCACGGCCCCUUUUGGGGUCCUUAUAUUACGCAUGCGCAGUAGUGUAUCGACCUUUCUCAGCUUCAACCUGGAAAAAAUUCAAUCAUUGUUCAUCAAGACUGACUUAAUCGCUCGAUUAAUCAUCGUUGGAUAGUAAUCGGGUAAUCUUGUGUAAUUCAAUCAAUUGUCCAAGUUGCGAAAAUGUUGAGGUCUAAAAGAAAGAGCAAGUCACCGUACGCCAGGCCAAAUGCUCAUCCGGCUCUCAGGGCCCUUAAUCCGGCAACCACAGCCACCCAAACCCAAGCAGGCCCGAGCAGGCCCACGCAGGCAGCGGUCCAGUUUGUGUCCACUCAACCUCAAAAUCAAGAGCAUCAGCUACCAGUCGAUGAUCCCACAACCAGUGAGCAGACUACAGACAGUUUCGUCUCAAAAUGUCAAAAAACACAUCAAUUUCAUUUGGCUCUAUCGAUGCGGAGUUAUGGUUAUUGUAUAUGCAGGCUCAAGUUCAACAAGCUCCACAACAGUCAAAAUCGUCACUCAAAUGUUUUGAUUAUAACUUUAAAGGUUCCUGUCCCAAACCCCAGUGUUCAUUCCAGCAUAUAUGCAUGCAUUGCAACAAGUCACACCCACGCAUGCAUUGUUGGUCCUAUCAGUCGACCCAGACCCAAGUCAUCAGAUCCCCCCCCCUCCAAAUCCAGCACACCAAAAUUUCGCCCCGCAAAAUUACACCAAUUUUCGUCCCUUACGCCCAAGGCAUUAUCAGCUACCAAGACCAAGAUUUCAUGCACCUAGGUUCAACCCCAAUUAAGAUCUCCGCUUUAGAGCAAUACCUCGCUACAUAUCCUGAUAUUCAGAAUGCUCAAUUUUUAUUAAAUGGUUUCAAAUCCGGCUUUUACUUGAAUUACAUAGGCCCAAGAGCCUACUUACAAUCCAAAAAUAUGAAGUCCGCGAGUGAACAUGCUGAUCAACUUUUGGCUAUCAUUGAGAAAGAAAUUACGUUAGGAAGGAUGUCAGGCCCCUUUUCCCAACCCCCUUUUCCCAACAUUAGGUGUAACCCUGUUGGGGUCCUGCCCAAGAAAGAUGGAGGCUACAGGUUAAUUUCAAAUUUGUCAGCGCCCAUUGGCAAUAGCGUCAACGAGCAUAUUGAUCCAAUUCUGUGCUCAGUGUCUUACGCUUCUUUUGAUCAAGCCAUUUCUAUGAUCCAAGAGAAUGGUAAAGGGGCAUUGCUUUGUAAAAUGGAUUUGUCUAGCGCAUUCAGACUUUUACCUAUUCACCCUUCAGAUUUUCCACUGUUAGGAAUAUGUUUUCAAGAAAAAUACUAUUUUGAUAGAUGCAUGCCCUUUGGUUGUUCCAUAGCUUGUUCAUCUUUUGAAAAAUUCUCAUCAUUUUUGCAUUGGCUCGUAGCACAAAAGUCUCAAAAUUAUAAUAUCAUCCAUUAUCUUGAUGAUUUUUUGUUUGUUGGUGAGCAAAAUACAUUACAAUGUUCAAAGCUUGCUGACAUGUUCAUGUUAACUUGCAGUGAGUUGGGCGUCCCAAUAAACGACAAGAAAACUGAGGGCCCAUGUACUCGUCUAUCUUUCUUAGGACUAGGUAUUGAUACCAUAGAUAAGGUCAUUUUUAUUCCUGACAAUAAGGUUGCAGAACUUAGGUCCAAGCUUUCAUCAAUUACUUCUUCUAAAAAAGUCACCCUGAAAGAAAUGGAAUCACUUUGUGGUUCGCUUAACUUUUUCGCCAAAGCCAUCCCUGGUAGCAGGGCUUUUAACCGCAGGUUUUAUAACACAACAAUUGGUAUUAGGAAACAUUACCACCUGAUCAAGGUUACACAAGCAGUUAAAGAGGAUGCUAGGAUCUGGCUCGCAUUUCUUGACCAAUACAAUGGGCGUUCACCAUUCCCAGAACUAUACUGGUCUGAUAAUGAAACCCUAAACCUCUUUACCGAUAGUUGUGGUUCCUACGGUGGAGGUGCGAUUUUCCAGAAUCACUGGGUUGUCAUAUCCUGGCCAGAGUCUUGGGGUCCAGAUAUAAGAAGAGAUAUUACAUUUUUGGAAUUAGUGCCUAUUCUUGUGGCCAUGUGGAUUUGGGCAGAUCAAUUUACAGCUAAGAAAUUGCUAAUAAACACUGACAACAUAGCUCUGGUCGAUAUAUUGAAUGCCAAGUCUAGUAAGUCUCAACGUGUCAUGUCUCUUGUAAGACCAUUGGUAUUAUUAUGUAUGAAAAAUAACAUUCAGAUUAAAACUAGGCAUAUCCCAGGUUACCAAAAUUCCAUUGCAGAUUCAAUUUCUCGAUUUCAGUGGGAAAGAUUCAGAUCCCUGGCUCCGCAGGCAGACAAGACUCCAGCCCGUUUACCUCCGGAAUUGUUGUCCCUCUUAGACCCCAUGUAGAAUGUUUACUUGAGGCAGCAAUAUCCAAAAAUACUGCGUCCACGUAUCAAAAAGGCAUAAAUUCCUUUGAAACUUUUUGUACCAAACACAAUUUUAUCUUUUGUUGGCCUCCACCACUGGACCACAUAAUCGACUACAUCGCAUACCUGCAUGCAAAUAAAGUGUCCUAUUCAACAACGAGAUGUUAUUUGAGCGGUAUUAGUUACAAGCUUCAGUUAGAGGGUCAAAUUGACAACACUAAAACUUUUAUAGUUAAAAAAUGUUAGAAGGUUUCCGUCGGUUAAAUCCAGCGAAGGAUGUACGGUCCCCAAUUUCCCUAUCUUGUCUCAAUAAAUUAGUUUCUAUACUACCUACGGUGUGCACAAGCUUGUAUGAAGCUGUUAUGUUUUCAGCAGCCUUUCAUUUAGCAUUUUUUUCAUUAUUGCGCAUUAGCGAAUUUACUUUCACUAGGAAUGACGCACCAGCCUUAUUAUUUCACGACGUGACCAUUAAUGAAACACACAUUGGUCUGUAUAUUAAAGGUUCAAAAACAGACCAAUACAAUAGGGGUACUAAGCUACAGAUUGAAAUAAAUUCUCAAACCCAGUCUUUAUUCAAGCACAUGCGUGAAUUUUUGGCAGUUAGACCACAAAUACAAGGCCUAUUUUUCUGUCAUUUCAACCACAAACCUCUUACUAAAUAUCAAUUCACAUCCGUACUACAUAAGUCUGUCAAAUUUAUUGGCCUUGACACAACAACUUUCAAAUCCCACUCAUUUAGAAUAGGUGGAGCUACACAUUUGUACUUGCAAGGGCAUUCGGAGGAGGACAUUAAGUCAAAAGGCAGAUGGAAAUCUAACGCGUUUUGUUCAUAUAUCAGAUUGUAAAGCAUAAUUUCAUGUGUGUUCAUAACAGCCUCGUAUUAUUAUUCAAUACUAAGUUUUCAGGUCCCAACACCACGGUCUGGAUCAUUGGUUCGUCAAUUAUCAAACAUGCAUCCCAUCACGCUGUCCAACAAUUUGGAAACUUACACCUAGACUUUCAGAAACAUAAUAUCACAGUAUAUUGGCAUGGAAAGAGUGGUAUGGUCUGGGAGGAUGUAGAGCCCACAAUUACAAAUAUCAUUGAACAAAGAGGCCACCCAGAUUGGGUAAUGUUACAUUGCGGGGGCAAUAGUAUUGGGACCAUGCCCUUGCUAAGACUGCAAAAAUUCAUGAAAUUAACCGUUGUUAACCUACAAACAAUUCUGCCGAAUACAAGAUUCAUAUGGUCCCAGAUACUCCCACGAAAUUACUACAGACAUAUGUUAUCAAAUAUUGCCGGUGAGACCGCUCGAAAAAGAAUUAACAAAUCAUUAGCCCCAUUUAUUGUCAAGCGUAAGGGCGCCUGCUUAAAGUACCCUGAUCUACAACAAUGUUCACCAAAAUAUUACCGUGAUGGUGUACAUUUGUCUGAUACUGCUCAGAAUACAUUUUUGAAAACCAUACGUGCUGGCCUCCUAAACAUACUACAUAAUAAUGUUAAAGUUUAUGCUAAAUCCCACGCCGAGUAAUUCCGCAGUCUUAUUGUCAUGGC